ACCGAGGUUGGUUAGACGACAUCAAGAUGUUAAAAAAGAAAAACAGAGCAUUUUCCCGAUGAAGAAAUUUGGCCCCCGCAUAUUUGCUCAGAGGAUUUGCCGUGCGACCGCGAUAUCAGAUUGUGCUGCGCCCGAAACUUUGGUGGAUCAUACGACGCCUGUUCGUCCGUCAUAA